AUGCCACGACGAACAGAGGCUAUUGAUGACUAUGCUUCCGCAGUGCCCCAGAUCGUUCUGUCGUCAUCAGAUGGGGACUUCCUUGACCACCUCAUUCCUGUUUUGAAGGAUGCGUCAAACUCUCGCAGAACUCCGGCACUAAUACAAUGUCUCAAUCAAUAUACAGGAGACCGCGAAGCAGACAUCGAGCGAAUCGGAAUGACGAAGCACGAGGAGUUUCUAGACUCUGUUAAUCAACUGCAAAAUGUCCGCGAAGACGCGGUUGCGCUCAUUGCCGAGAUUCUGAAACUCAAUCAAUCUAUCCAAUCAAGUACUGAGCAGCUCGCGGAGCAAAAGAGCGCGCUAGUAAACACAAAGGCCGUCCGACAAAACAUCUCAGAUGCCUCCGACGCUUUAAAGGAGUCACUCAAGGUGCUCCACGCUGUCAACUAUGCACAUGAUCUUGUGCGGCGCAAACAGUACUAUUCAGCGCUGAAAUCGCUCGAGGAUCUCCAGAAUGAGCAUCUUGUUCCAAUAUUACAAAACCGCUACGCCACCCAGCACAGGCUCGCCGAUGCGAUCCAGAAGUCUAUCCCCGCUUCUAGGAAAGCGAUUUCCGAGGCAGUGAUGGCUGAUCUUAACACCUGGCUUUUCCGCAUCCGAGAAGCGUCUCAAUUCCUUGGGGAACUUGCUUGGUAUUAUACCGAGCAAAGACGGUUACGGCAGAAAAAAAGGGUCGAAGAAGAUUCAUUCUUGUCCAAUUUUAAGCUCAAUUCGUCCAUUGAACUUGUUUGCGACGAAAGCGAAGAGCUCGAUGUACUAGACAAUGAAGAACUUCAAAUCGCAUUCACUCCCCUCUUUGAGGCUGUCCAUAUUCACGAAGCCUUGAAUCAGGCAGAUCGCUUUCGUUCAGAGUAUGCAGCCACGCGCCGACAGCAAAAGGACUUGCUACUACCUGGUUCAAUCGACCUAUCUGCUGAAGAUGAAUCGUCACUCAGCAGUCUCUUGGAAGGCAUAACUGGAUUUGCCAUUAUUGAAAAAGCCACAAUGCGGCGUGUCCCGCAUCUGCGGUCUGCUAUUGAAGUAGAAGAGCUGUGGGAAUCCAUGUGCAGUACAGCCAUUAACGUAGCCUCAAAAUCACUAAUCGAUGUUACGAAUGCCGAGGUGCUACUCAAGAUCAAAGGGAUUGUCGCCCUGUUUAUCCAAACAAUGGAGGGAUAUGGAUAUCCUGUUUCCAGCCUAGAGACUUUCAUGCUCGCGCUCUUCGACAAAUAUGCCGAGCUUCUCAGGCGCAGGUUCAGUGAUGACUUUCAAGAAAUCGUAUCAACAGACGAUUACAUGCCCAUGGCGAUUAACUCACAAGAGGAGUUCGAUAAAGUCCUCAAUGUCAGCUGGUAUACGCCUGAACAAGAUGUCGAAAGCAUCACGUUCCCUUGUGUCCUCCCUUUCUCUCAAAUGUACCCCCUUUGUUGUAUCGACAUUCAAAAUUUUCUCAACCAAUUCUACUUCUUCUCCGAUGACCACUUUCAGCAUUCGGAUGUCAUUGACGAAUCGCUGCGGAAGUCCCUCGAUAGUCUCCUGACAGAAAAAGUCUGCCAGUCCCUCGUCGAACGACUUAGCUCUCAAUAUCUUGGUCAAAUUGUUCAAAUUCUGAUCAACCUGGAACAUUUCGAAACAGCGUGCCAAGAGCUGGAGCUUCUUCUAAUAAGCGCAAGAUCUUCCGCCUCUGCUGGUGGCCCACUGAAGCUUAAUGCCACUGAAGAAUUUCGAAAUAACAAAAAGACCGCAGAGAAGAGGAUAUUUGAACUUGUCAACUCGAAGAUCGAUGAUCUGGUGGACACGGCUGAAUACGACUGGUUUACGACAACGGAUCCAUUAGAGCCCAGUUCCUACAUGCAGACACUUACUCGCUACCUGUCAAAUAUUAUGAACUCUACUCUUCUAGGCCUCCCCCGAGAAAUCAAGGAGCUCAUUUACUUUGAUGCGCUGAGUCACACUGCGAAUAAAAUAUUGGGGCUACCACUCUCCCCGGAGGUCAAAUCCAUCAGUUCCAGUGCUGUAUUGGCUCUGGCUCAGGACGUCCGAUAUUUGACAGACUUCGUCAGUAGUCUAGAGAACGGCGAAAUGCUGAAGGAAAAUCUGGACGAACUGCAACAAACUGUAAAUCUUCUGCAAUCAGAAAAUCACGAGGAGUUUUACGACAUGUCGGUGCGAAAUAAAAAAUACAACCGUGUCGACGCCCUCAACGGUCCUGUCCUUCUGGAGAAGUAUGCCCGACUCAACAGCAGUGCUACCCAGGCCUCUACCAGAAGUGCGCCGCUAUCCAAUCUGUCGUCCAGGUUUGGAAUGAUGAAAUGA